AUCUGUGAUCCGUCACGCAUCGCAGACCCACCGGAGGAGUUGAUGUUUUCUUCAGUGGUUUGGUGCUGGUAGACUGCAGGAAUGGACGGGGCAAAGAAAGAUGCCCCCCCUGGGGGCGAUGCGGGCAAAUCAGACACCCUCGGGUCAACUGGCUCGUCCAGAAAACGAGGUGGGGGGGCCAAGAAGGCGAUGCAGGCCAACAAGUCUGCCCUCAGGGCCCCCCGGGCGCUUUGCUGCCUCACACUGAGCAACCCCAUCCGCAUGGCCGCCCUGGCCCUGGUGGAGUGGAAGCCCUUUGACAUUUUCAUUCUACUCGCCAUCUUUGCCAACUGCGUGGCCAUGGGCGUCACCAAGCCGUACCCCGACGACGAUUCAAACGCUACUAAUCACCAACUGGAACAAGUUGAAUACGUCUUUCUCGUCAUCUUCACCAUUGAGACCUUCACUAAAAUCCUUGCCUACGGUUUAGUCAUGCACCCCAGCGCCUACAUUCGGAGUGGAUGGAACUUGCUGGAUUUCAUAAUCGUCAUUGUCGGGUUGUUCAGUGUGAUAGCGGAGGGCAUGACGGAUCAUAAGCCUGGAGAGGCCCACCACGCUGCAGGGAAACCUGGAGGCCUGGACGUCAAAGCUCUGAGGGCCUUCAGGGUGUUACGACCUCUUCGACUCGUAUCUGGAGUGCCAAGUUUACAGAUUGUGUUGAACUCCAUCAUGAAGGCCAUGGUCCCCCUGCUCCACAUCGGUAUGCUGGUCAUGUUCGUCAUCAUCAUCUACGCCAUCAUCGGCCUGGAGCUCUUCAUCGGCAGGAUGCACAAGACGUGCUACUCUCUGAGCACAGGUCUCAUGGUGGAGGACGAUCCGUCCCCUUGUGCGUUCGCCGGAAACGGGCGCUUCUGUGUCGUCAACGGCAGCGAGUGCAGAGGCAAGUGGGAAGGUCCAAACGGUGGGAUCACAAACUUUGACAACAUCUUCUUCGCCAUGUUGACGGUCUUCCAGUGUAUCACCAUGGAAGGCUGGACCGAUGUGCUCUACUGGAUGAAUGACGCCAUUGGUUACGAGAUUCCAUGGGUUUAUUUUGUGUCUUUGGUCAUCUUUGGAUCAUUUUUCAUCAUCAAUCUUGUUUUGGGUGUGUUGAGCGGAGAGUUCUCUAAGGAAAGAGAAAAGGCCGUGGCGCGUGGCGAGCUUCAGAAGGCACAAGAGAGCAAACAGAUGGAGGAGGACAUGAUCGGCUACAUGGACUGGCUCAUAGAGGCCGAGGACGUGGAUGAAGAAGGAAACAAACGUGCCGCGAUCGCAAAGAAGAAAAUGAUGAAGAAGUUCGGCUGGUACAAGCACAGCGAGGACGGAGGAGAGUCGGACUCCGACGACGACAUAGCGUACCUCGACGACGACAACGGCUGCUGCGCUUCUCUCAUGGCAAAAAUGAUGGCCAACAGCUUCUGCGACCAGCUGUGCCAGCUGAACCACACUUUCAGGAAGAACUGCCGCGUUGCCGUCAAGACCACUAAUUUCUACUGGCUGGUGCUUCUGCUGGUGUUCCUCAACACGGUGGCGAGCGCCUCCGAGCAUUACGGACAACCCAAAUGGUUAACGGAGAUGCAAGAGCGAGCCAAUAAGAUCCUGCUGAUGCUGUUCACUCUGGAGAUGCUGAUGAAGAUGUACGCCUUCGGACUGCAGAUCUAUUUCAUGGCGCUGUUUAACCGCUUCGACUGCUUCGUGGUGUGCGGCGGCAUCCUGGAGACGCUGCUGGUGGAGCUGGAGGUCAUCCCCCCCAUCGGAAUCUCCGUGCUGCGCUGCAUCCGACUCCUCAGGAUUUUCAAGAUGACUCGACACUGGGCCGCCCUGUCCGAUCUGGUCAACUCGCUGCUCAACUCCAUGAAAGCUAUCUGCUCCCUUCUGCUGCUGCUCUUCCUCUUCCUCAUCAUCUUCGCCUUGCUGGGAAUGCAGCUGUUCGGAGGCAAAUUCAACUUCGACGAGACGCAGAUGAAGAGAAGCACGUUUGACUCAUUCCCUCAGGCGCUGCUCACCUGUUUCCAGAUCCUGACUGGAGAGGACUGGAACGCCGUGAUGUACGACGGCAUCAUGGCGUACGGAGGGCCGAUCUUCCCCAACAUGGUGGUGUGCCUUUACUUCGUCAUCCUCUUUGUCUGCGGUAACUACAUCCUGCUCAACGUCUUCUUGGCUAUCGCUGUGGACAACUUGGCCGGAGGUGGUGGGAAGACAAAAGUCGAGGAGAAAAAAGAAGAGGAAGAGGAGUGGGAUGAAGAUGAGGAGAAGGAAGAUGAAGACGCAGGGAACGAAGAGGACGACUGGCAGGAGAACGAGGAGCUGCGAGCCAUCGAGGGUCUGGAGGGAGUUGCUCCAUUAAAGCCGGAUUUCUCUGGACCGAAGGAAAAGAUCGUGCCGAUACCUGACGGCAGCUCGUUCUUCAUUCUGGGGAAGAAAAACUGUUUGCGAGUCGCCUGCCACAACCUCAUCCACCACCCCUACUUCACCAACUUCAUCCUCAUCUUCAUCAUCCUCAGCAGUAUUUCUCUCGCUGCUGAGGACCCCAUCAAAUCUCACUCAUUCAGGAACAUAGUUCUCGGGUACGCCGAUUAUGUGUUCACUUCGGUUUUCACCGUGGAGAUCGUACUGAAGAUGACAGUCUACGGAGCGUUCCUGCACCCCGGCUCCUUCUGCAGGAAUGCCUUCAACCUCCUCGACCUGCUGGUUGUCAGCGUGUCGCUCACGUCUUUCUUUCUGCACUCGAGUGCAAUCUCUGUGGUGAAGAUCCUGCGAGUGCUGCGAGUGCUCAGGCCUCUUCGAGCCAUCAACAGAGCAAAGGGACUGAAGAACGUGGUGCAGUGUGUGUUUGUGGCGAUUCGCACCAUCGGAAACAUCCUGAUCGUCACGACUCUGCUUCAGUUCAUGUUCGCCUGUAUCGGAGUGCAGCUGUUCAAGGGUCGAUUCUACAGCUGCACCGAUGAAGCCAAACACACACCCGAUGAGUGCAAGGGGACCUUUGUGGUCUACAAAGACGGGGACAUGAACCACCCCAUGGUCAGAGAGCGGAUCUGGCAAAACAGCGAUUUCAACUUCGACAACGUACUGAUGGGAAUGUUGGCUUUAUUCACUGUGUCAACGUUUGAAGGCUGGCCGCAGCUCCUGUAUAAGGCCGUGGACGCCAACGCCAUCAACCGAGGGCCCAUCUACAACUACCGAGUGGAGAUCUCCAUCUUCUUCAUCAUCUACAUCAUCAUCAUCGCGUUCUUCAUGAUGAACAUCUUCGUGGGUUUUGUCAUCAUCACGUUUCGAGAGCAGGGAGAAGCCGAGUUCAAGAACUGCGAGCUCAACAAAAAUCAACGUCAGUGUGUGUAUUACGCACUGAAAGCUCAGCCUAUAAAGAUUUAUAUUCCCAAAAACCCGUCACAGCUGAAGUUCUGGAGGAUUAUCAACUCCAGCCAGUUUGAGUACGUCAUGUUUGUGCUGAUCCUGGGGAACACGCUCACCCUGGCCGUUCAGCAUUACGAACAGUCCAAACUCUUCACCUCCAUCAUGGACAUCCUCAACAUGAUCUUCACCGUGGUUUUCACCAUCGAGAUGAUCAUUAAGCUGCUGGCUCUGCGGGCUCAUCACUACUUCAUCGAUCCUUGGAAUUCAUUCGAUGCUCUGAUCGUGGUGGGGAGCGUGUUGGACAUCGCGGUGUCCGAGUUUAGUGGGGGAGGCGGCCACGGCGAGGGUAAAGGAGAAAGUGGGAAAGUGUCCAUCACGUUCUUCCGCUUGUUCCGAGUGUUGAGGUUGGUUAAACUGCUCAGCAAAGGAGAAGGCAUUCGGACUCUGCUCUGGACUUUUGUCAAGUCUUUGCAGGCCUUGCCGUACGUCGGCCUCCUCAUCGCUAUGAUCUUUUUCAUCUACGCUGUGAUCGGCAUGCAGACGUUUGGGAAGGUGGCGAUUGACGACGACACGGACAUCAACAGGAACUGCAACUUCCAGACUUUCUUCAUGGCUGUUCUAGUACUGUUUAGGUGUGCCACAGGAGAGCAGUGGCAGGAGAUCAUGCUGGCAGCGCUGCCUGGCAGACGCUGUGACCCAGAGGCCGACAUUGAGCCUGGUGAAGAGUUCACCUGCGGCAGCAACCUGUCCUACAUUUACUUCAUCAGCUUCUUCAUGCUCUGCGCUUACCUGAUUAUCAACUUGUUCAUUGCCGUCAUCAUGGAUAACUUUGAGUAUCUGACGAGAGACUGGACCGUGCUGGGCACCCAUCACCUGGAUGAGUUCAAGAGAGUUUGGUCUGACUACGAUCCAGAGGCCACGGGCCGCAUAAAACACAUUGACGUCGUCACCAUGCUGCGCAGGAUUCAGCCUCCUCUCGGUUUUGGAAAACUCUGCCCUCACCGUGUUGCUUGCAAAAGGCUUGUUGCGAUGAACGUCCCGCUGCACCCUGACGGGACUGUCACCUUCAACGCCACCCUGUUUGCCCUCGUUCGAACUUCCCUGAAGAUCAAGACUGAAGGCCCCAUCGACCAGCAGAACGAGGAGCUGAAGCUGAUUAUCAAGAAGCUCUGGAAACGCACCAAGCCUAAGCUCAUCGACGAAGUCAUUCCUCCCCCUAGAGGGGAUGAAGUGACUUGUGGCAAGUUUUAUGCCAGCUUCCUGAUUCAAGACUACUUUAAGAAGUUUCGCAAAAGAAAAGAGAGGGAGAGGAAAUCCAAGAGGAAGGACAAAGCAGCUUCUCUGCAGCAAGGACUGCGGUCACUGCAAGACCUGGCUCCAGAGAUGCGCCUGGCCAUGGCGUGUGACCUGGAGGAAGAGGAGGCCACAGAAGGGGAGAUGACUGGCGACGAGAUCUUCGACAGUGAGCCUGGAACCUCGGCGACCAACACACCCGCCAGCACGCCGAUGCCGCCGAUAGACAGGCUGGUGGAGCAGACGGCGGUGAUCAUCGAGCCCGAGCCCAAGAUCACCAACGGCGGCGUGAUCACCAAGCAGGUGGCGGGUCUGCAGGAGCACCAGAGACCGGGUUCAGAGCUGGCCGGCGUCAGCAUAGUGACGGAGCAGCCGGCGAGGUCUGAAGCCCUGCCCGUCAGAGCGGACUCUGUGGGUGAACUGCCUCCGCCUCCUCCCCCUCCAGAGAUAUCGGUCACUGAGUUUGAGCCUCAGGAAUUGGUCACUGAGGUGCCAGCAGUGGAAGCUGUGCAGAGCUGCAGUGUUGAGGGAGACGCUGCCAGCAUAGCGUCAGUGGAGAGAUAUGCGUAUCCAGAGGCCGUGUCUCCCGUCCCGACGGAAACAGGCUACAACCUCCAGAGUCUGGAGAGGGCGAGCAGCAUCGGAGAAAUACCCUACGACAACGCCAACGACUUCGCCAGCAAUGGCUACAGCGACGCCAACGUGAACGGAGGGAGCGCCGCGGUGAGCCCGACUCCCUACGCCACCGACGGAUACAACGGCAACGGAUACGCAAGCUACGCCGAGAACGGCAGCGUCAUCGGCACCAACGGCAACGGGAGCACGGUCAACGGCUGCAACGAAAAUGGCAGCAGCGUCGGAGGAGGGUACAACGGGAACGGCUACAGCGGAAGUGAGACCAACGGGGCGCAGUUCGUCAGGAGACGGCUACUUCCAGCAAUUCCAAAAGGUCGUAAGCCGGCCUUCCACUUCCAGUGUCUGAGGCCGCAGAGCAGUGUGGACGACCUCCCCAUCCCAGGAACCUACCAGGGGAACACGUCCCCAACGCGCUCUCGUCUACAGACCCAGCACAGUCUGGACUCCCGGCCGAGCAGCGUGUCCUCCAUGUCAUCCGCCUCCUGGGCAAACACAACAGCAGCUGGCAACACUCCUCUUCCAGGAAUAAUUGCCCCCUCGGGGCGCCGGGGCAAGCUCAUCUACACCCCUAUGAUCCUGGUGGACGAAGCCAGCGGGACCAGUCAGCCGCUGUGGAGCGACGGCUCCGCCAGCCUUCCGGCGGGACGGCGCCCCGGCUGGUACCCCGGUCAGACCAGGACCUUCACCAGCGUGAGGAUGCCUCCUCCGCCCGUCAACCAGGGAUACGUGGAGAGAGGCAGCGCCGACAGUUUGGUGGAAUCGAUCUUGAUCUCCGAGGGUCUCGGGAUGUACGCCAGGGACCCCAAGUUUGUGAGCUUUGCCAAGCGGGAGAUCGCAGAAGCCUGUCACAUGAGCCUGGACGAGAUGGAGAGCGCCGCGACAGACCUGAUCACACGCGGAGCCAGUCAGUCCAUGUCUCGCUUCGAGGCCGAACUGGCCGACGAAAUGAACUGUGUGAUUUCUUACUGAGAUCGCCACGGCUCACAUAAAAAAGUUGUGAUGUUAAUUUUGUAAAGGAAAAAAAAACAAAAAACGUGAAUGCCAAAACACACGCACAUCGAUUUUACGAGCCGCUGGUGUCAGCUUGUGGCAGGACGCAGCGGGGUUUGCCUGUGAACAGACGAAUACUGCCAUUACAGUGUUUCACUGAGGAGUUCUGCUGAAAAUGACUGCAAACUGUGGCUCUUACCAUCAUUACGACAUGCGACCAAUUUUUUUUUUUUUUUUUUUGCAUUAUCUCAUUUUGUACUGUACUUUAUAACUAUUGUCACUUUAUAUGUGUAUAUGUUCAGUUGCAAUUGAGGCUAAAUAAAUGGUAAAAUAUAAAUCAUUGAGUUUUCUAGCUCAAAAAAUAUAUAUAAUUAAUCAUAAUCUGAUUAUGAAAUCCAGUUUGUGAGCAGCCAUAACGACUAUUUAAUAGAGAAAUAAUUAAAUAUUGAAUAUCCUCUACAAUGCAGAAUAACAUUUAAAAAAAUCUAAAUUAUGUUUUUAAUUUACUGUAAAUGUGGUUGGUUGUCCAUCCAAGGUGUGCAAAUAAACCAUCCUGUUUUCUUAAAUCUAUGCUGUAUUUAUUAGUUUCCUAUUAAUGUGCAGUAACCACAUUAUCACUCUCAAACGCACGUCAUAUUAAAGGUUAUUUCUCUCAAGCGGAUGCUGAAACCGUGAAACGCGUUGAAUUACAU